CCGGUCACGUGAUCACAAGUUGCCGACAUGGCGGACGACAAAGAUGUUGUGGAGAAAACCAUCGCCGAAGAUUUGGUGGUUACCAAGUAUAAAAUGGCUGGGGACAUUGUAAAUCGUGUCCUCAAGCAGGUCAUUGAUAAGUGCAUUGCUGGUGCUUCUGUGAGGGAAAUCUGUGAGUAUGGAGAUAAGCUCUUGCAUGAAGAAACCAUUAAGGUGUUCAAGAAGGAAAAGGAACUCAAGAAAGGUAUUGCUUUUCCCACUUCCGUGUCCGUGAACAACUGCAUUUGUCAUUAUUCGCCGGUGCAUAGCGAGGCUGACUACAUCCUGAAGGCGGACGAUGUAGCUAAGGUAGACCUGGGAGCUCACGUCGAUGGAUUCAUCGCUGUGGUUGCUCACACCAUUGUCGUUGGUGCAACGGCAGAGAAGAAGGUGACCGGCCGCAAGGCCGAUGUUAUCCUGGCCGCUCACAACGCCUCCCAGGCGGCGUUGCGUCUUCUGAAACCGGGUAACGAGACCUACACGAUCACUGAAUCUGUGCAGAAAGUCGCCGACUGUUUCAAAUGCAAGCCCGUCGAAGGCAUGCUCAGUCACCAGCUGAAGCAAUUCAAGAUUGAUGGCGAGAAGACCAUCAUCCAGAACCCGAACGACGCCCAGAAGAAGGAACACGAGAAGUUCAAAUUUGAGGAGCACGAGGUUUACGCCAUGGACGUACUCGUCAGCAGCGGAGAAGGAAUUGGUAGAGAAUCCGACACCAAGGUCUCAAUCUACAAGAAAACUGAGGAAAUCUACCAGCUGAAACUGAAGGCGUCGCGUAUGUUCUACAGCGAGGUCAGGACGAAGCACGGCAUGAUGCCCUUCAAUCUGCGCAGCUUCGAGGAGGAGACCAAGGCGAAGAUGGGAGUCGUCGAGUGCGUGAACCACAAGCUCAUCGAACCGUUCCAGGUUCUGUACGAGAAACCAACCGAAAUCGUCGCCCACUACAAGUUCACCGUGCUGCUUAUGCCCAACGGUCCGCACAGGAUCACGGGACUUCCCUUCGAGUCCGAUCUCUACGAAUCCGAGCACAGCGUGACCGACCCCCAACUACAGACGUUGUUGAACAGUUCUGCCAAUCCCAAGUCUGGCAAGAAGAAAAAAAAGAAGACCGACACCGGGGCUAAGCCCAUGGAAGUUGACGAAGCCGCUUAAUCGGCAGGGAGGUACUCGUCUCUGCUGAUAUGGCUGAUUAAGAAAAAAGCAAGAAAGAAAAUUUUUUACUUGGCAAUUUUUCCAUUAAAUAUGGUUUUAAUAUUAUUA